GGGCAGGCAUCAUGGAUCAGGUAAUGCAGUUCAUUGAGCCAAGUUGGCAGUUUGUGAAGGACUCAAUUCGGCUGGUUAAAAGAUGCACCAAACCUGAUAGAAAAGAAUUCCAGAAGAUUGCCAUGGCAACAGCAAUAGGAUUUGCUAUAAUGGGAUUCACUGGCUUUUUUGUGAAAUUGAUCCAUAUUCCUAUUAAUAACAUUGUUGGUGGCUGAAUACCUUUUUAGAAAAGUGUUUUUCAUCUUGGGGAUUGGUGAACAAGUAAGGAUUUGAGACGCUCAUGGAGUAAAAA